AUGGUCAACUUGUGGGAGCAGCUCAAGGAGCUUUCCGCCUCUUCAACUUCCCUGAUCACCUCCAUCAUCUUCCUAACCCUCCUCCUCCUCCUAACAACUACUUUGAUUGUCACAUCAUCUAUCCCUAAAGGCGGCGGCGCAAUAUCGCCGCCGGGGCCAUGGAGGCUUCCGGUCAUCGGUAACCUACACCAACUCUUCAACAACUCGAGCCUCCCUCACAGGCACCUUGGCGACCUGGCCCGCAAACACGGGCCGGACGUGAUGCGGCUCCAGCUGGGGGAGGUCCCACACAUAGUCGUGUCCUCCAGCGAGGCCGCUCGAGAGGUGAUGAAGACCCACGACGUCGUUUUCGCGUCGAGGCCAUUCCUCCUCGCCGCAGACAUGAUGGCGUACGCAGGGAGUGACCUGGUGUUCACUCCCUACGGCGAAGCCUACAAGCACCUCCGUAAGAUCUGCGUGGCGGAGGUGCUUGGCGCAGCCCGGGUCCGCUACUUCCGCCCGAUCCGGGAAGACGCGGUGGCUGAUCUCAUCCGGAGGAUGGCGGCUCACGGCGAGGCUACCGUUGACCUCAGCAAGGAGCUGUUCCGGCUGACGUGCCGGGUGGCGUGCGGGACAGUGUUGGGGAAGGCUGAGGAGAUGGACAACGGGUUCAUCAUGAAAAUGGUGGGGACUACCGUCGAUGUUUUGGCAGGAUUCAGGUUGUCGGAUCUUUUCCCUUCCCUCAAGUUCCUGCCGGUGGUUAGUGGGUAUAAGGCCAAACUGAGGAAGUUGCAUGUGGAGAUGGAGGCCAUGCUCGAUGGGAUAAUUGACGACCAUAAGCAGAAGAGAGCGACAAGGGCGGCGGCGGCCGGCGGUGGUGAGUAUAGGGAGGAUCUUGUUGAUGUUCUACUCAAUCUUCAGGAGAGUGGGGACCCGCACUUCAAAUUGACCAUGGACAACAUCAAAGGUGUCACUUUGGAAGUGUUUCUUGCUGGAGUCGAAACCUCAGCAACGACAAUGGACUGGACCAUGGCUGAAAUGAUCAAAGAUGGGAGAGUACUUCGCAAAGCACAAGAGGAAGUGCGACAAGUGUAUCGUGGGAACCAGAACGUUGAUGAAUCAAACCUUCAUGAACUCAAAUACUUGGACUUAGUCAUCAAAGAAAGUCUAAGGUUACACCCUGCGCUCCCUUUGCUUUUCCCAAGAGAGAGUAGAGAGAAAGUAGAAAUUUGUGGGUAUGAGAUUCCGGCCAAAACCAAAGUUAUAGUCAAUGCUUGGGCGAUCGGGAGAGAUCCUCGUUAUUGGGCAGAAUCCGAGAGGUUUCUCGACUGCUCGAUCAACUAUAGGGGAAGUGAUUUCGAGUUCAUUCCAUUUGGUGCGGGAAGGAAAAUGUGUCCAAGACUGCUUUACGCGACAGCUAUUGUUAAACUUACACUGGCGAAUUUGUUGUAUCAUUUUGAUUGGAAGGUUCCUGAUGGAAUAAAGCCCGAAAAUCUGGACAUGACAGAAGUUUUUACGCUUGUGGUUGGAAGGAAAUCCAGCCUGUGUUUGAUCCCUGUUGCAUACGAUACCGUGAUCAGUUGA